AUGAGUCGAACUUCGAGACCCUCCUUUUCCAACAAAUUGCGCACCUCGAUAUUUAGUGAUGCCAGUUCCUUUAUUGACGAAUGGUCAAGCGCCGAGUCCAGUGCCCAACGUGGAAGUCUUGAGCACGAAAAGCAACGAGUAUCCCAAUUGCUGGAUGAACUGGAAGCGUACGAAAAGGAGCUGUCGCAGGGGCAUUCUGAUUCUCAACUGGAACGAGAAGCAUUGGAGUUUGAACUUCAAAAGCAGACAGACAGGAAUCAAGAGCUGGAAGCUAUGAUUGCCGAGAUGGAGGCAAAAAUGGAAGAAUUAGUAUCAGCUUUGCACAAUCAGGAAGAUGAUCAGAUGCUCCUUGUCGAAAAUGAAAUCCUCAAGAAGCGACUGGAACAGAAGGAAUCUGCAAUGCUGAGCAUGUCUUCCAUGCAUUCGAUUAAUAACCGAUCGUACUCGAGCGACUUGCCCUUGGUGGAAGAAGACGAUCUGAAUACGCAUCUAUCCGUCGACACUGAUGGAUCGGACGACGAAGGCUUUGAGAAGCCAUCGGCCAAACUUCAAGGAGAUUUGCUUCAAUCUCGGGCAAAAUUGGCAGAGAAGGAUCGAACCAUCAAAGCGCAGGCCGAAGAAAUUCAAUCUCUUCGACGUGAAUGUGAGGAUUACAAGGAUGAUGAGGCGCGAGAGAAGAUGAAAUCAUACAUCGAGGGGUUGGAAAAAGAGAAGAAGUUCUUUGUAGCCGAGAUUGCAAAGCUGAAAGAGGCCAAUGAAAAGGCUGCCAUAAACAUGAGCUCUUCGUCGACUUCGCUCCUACCGACAUCUUCACUUCCUCGGCAAUCAAUCAGCUCGCUUGGCAUGGCUUCAUUGACCGAAGACGGCACUACUAGUACAAUGGACGAUUCCAUGUCAACAGAAGAUGUUCCCUUUUUGCCAUGGGGCGGAAGUUAUCAGAACGUUAACAGUCGGGUCUCUAAUACCUCCACUUCGGCUUCGACUCAAAACGCCACGAGCCAGAAUCGAAGGCAAUCGGCUUCCGCAUGGCGAAGUUUCAGCACAAGACUCUUUGGAGGAAUUGAGGAAGUUGACGAUGCGCCGCUGGAGGAACAAACAGAAGCCGACAAGAUGCUGGACGACUUGACGAAAGAUAUGUAA